AUGGCAAGCACCAGCACCAGCACGGCCACCCCCAUCCCGCCCGAGCUCUUGUCUCACCCGGCGCUCCAGGACCACCCGACCGUCCUGGCCCUGCACGAGACGCACGGCGGCAUCCCUGCCAACCCGGAUGCGGAGACGCUCGACUCUGUCCUGCAGUUUGCCAACUCGGUCGCCAGCACGGCCGUCGCGCCGGGCACCAAGACGCGGCGCACCGACCCCAGCCCGCGGCGCACGGCGCGCGUGUGGCGCUCGCAGCUGCUGGGCCACCGCGACCCGAGCGUGUCGCCCGAACACUCGCCGGUGCGGUACCGCUCCCGCUCCCGGCCCCCGGGGACGGCGACGGUGCCAGAGGACGGACUGGCCGCCGUGUCCGUCGACGACAGGCGCGAGGUGGGCGCCGGGACGGGCCUGCGCGCGCCUGGUAAGCGUGACAUGGCGUCUGUGGGCGGCAACGGGGCGAGCGACCUCGAGAACCGCGUCGCGGCCAGUAUCCAGCAGCAACACGAGUUCCACGACCGGCUCCUGCAGCGCUUCGUAGCGGUGGAGGCGCAGGCGACGCAGGACCAUACCGCGUUGCAGGCGCGGUUUGACCAGAGCGAAGCGAGGUACACCAACAAAGUGAACGCGUAUCUCGGGCGCGCGCUGGUCCCCGUCUCCAACGGCAAGGAUCCCAUCCCUCUCGACCUUGCACCCAUCAAGUCGGCCGAUGCGAUCCGCAAUCUCGGCAACGACCACCUCCGCAGGUGGCUGACGUAUUACACUGGCUCGCCGCCAGCCGACAAUGUAAAGGAGUCGCAUCUCCGCCAGGCGCUGCGUGCGUGUACUGGGGUGGACGUGUCGCUUGUGCAAGAGUAA